GUUUUUGAUGCCCUUUAACUUUAAAGGUCCGUGGGAUGGGGAAGAUUCCACAGUAACAGGAAACUGAGUUUCCUCAGCUAAAUAUGUUUAGGCUACAACCUGUUUCCUUUUUUUAUCGAAUGAUCAUUGCCACCAGGAUCUAGUACAGGUUAACAGCAAAAAGCAAAUACUCCUAAGUUACAGAGCAGAAGAGAUAUUAGCAAGAAGAGUCGGCUGCUGAAAAAUGGUCUCCACUUUAGCAACAAGCUUCACUUUAAUAGCGAUUCUUCUUAACAUUGGUGGUGGCAGCACUAGAGGAGAUUCGGUGGAUAUUACUGAUAUACCAUGGAAAGCAAGUGUGGCUGAACAGCCUACAGACAUAAGCCAAACAAGCAGCAUUUCACCAACUACACCAGAUGACGACAAAAUCACAAAUUUGCAGGAGAGUGAUCCAAGCAUUACUCUGAGUAUUCCAGCAACUGCAGAAACAAAAGAGCUGAUAAACCUUGAAGCCAUUGUUAGUACAUCUCCUCAAACUCCCUCAGUCACAGUGGCUGCAAGUAAAGAAAACAGUAUAUCAAUUACAGAAAAAAUGAAAGCUACAACCAACACAUUUAUCAGACAAACCAGCAUUCCCAAAAAGAUGGAUUUAUUUCAACAAGACUCAGCAGUGAAUCACUUACCCAGGCAGAGCAAUUACUAUAAAGGAAAUGUCGUCUACAACCAAAAACCUGGUUUUCAAACCACCCGGGGAAAAAAUUGGUGUGCAUAUGUCCAUACCAGGCUCAUGCCAACUGCAGUGAUAGAUACCAUGGAAACGUACGUGGCUUCUGAAGCAGGACCAUGCUCUUGGAAUACUGGAUCUUGUGCAGGAAGGAAUCGUUUAAAAUCACAGCCAGUCUACAGAAUGAGUCACAAAAUAGUUACAUCUUUGGAGUGGAAAUGCUGCCCUGGCUACAGAGGAGAACAAUGUCAACUCACAGCCCAACGAAUCCAACCACAAAUACAUCGCAGCCAAGCAGAAAGUAGUCUUGCUGGCAACUCAGUUGAUGUACAAGACAAAAGAUUACCGACUGAUGAUAUAGCCGUGCACCAAAAGCUGAACGAUCAGAUCUACAGCCAAGAAAUGAAGCUGACUCAACUAAAGAGACAAGUGGAGAACAUAUCCACAAACAUGAGUAAUGUGCACAGCGCGCUGUACUCUCUAGAGGAAAAAAUCAAUGAAGAUUAUAAAGGGAAAGGCAUCCAGUCAUUCCUCAAAGAAUUGAAUUCAAAAACUAUAACAGAAUUAAUUAAAGAGAUUGUUAAAGAACAGCUUUCUGAAUUUCAGACGGACAUGCAAGAAAGUAUAGCCCAGCUCUAUAAAAGCAUGUCUGGGAUAUCUAUUGAACUUGAAAAAACCAAAGAGACAGUAAAAGUUCUGAACAGCACAGUAAUAGCCUCCAGCCAUAAAUGUACCCUUGAACAGGAAAAUAAAGCAACAAUGGAUGAUAUAUUAAAACUCACAAACCAAGUGGAACACUUGAAAAAUAUUGCUGUUGUUUGUAACACUUCUUCCAAGGAAAUGGAAGACAGGUAUAAUGCUUUAGAAACAGAACUAAAGCAGGAGAGAUCAAGAAACAGUAUCUACUUUGAAACUCUCAAUAGCACUCUGUCCAAAAUGAAGGAAAUCCAUGGACAAUUACUGUCUGAUAACAACCCUGGUGGACAAAUGGAUUCUGCAGUAAAUGCUUCUGUAGAUGAUAAUAUUACUGAGUACCUGCUUCCUCUGCAAAGUAGGAUGAAGAUGCAGAAUAUAAUGAUGCUGCAAUUGUACAAUGAUAUCAAUGCUCAAGACAGUAAAAUCAAUAACCUUUUCAUUACUUUGGAAUUUCAGAAGCUAUCAGUUGAAAAAGCUUGCAAAGACAGAUUUACAUCAUGUAAAGAAGAUUUUCAGAAACAAAUAAAAGGAACAGAAAAGAAUAUGUUCACUUUAAACAAAACAGUAUCUGAUGUUGUCCUUCUUUUGGAUGACAACAUAGACAAAAUGAAGGAGCAAAUAAGCGAUUUAUGUUAUGAUAUGGAAAUUCUCCAGCCACUCAUCGAGAAGGGGGCUCCUUUUAGCACGGCAUCUGAACUGGAACAACAACGUGAUGUGGGAAAUAUUAAAAGGCACAUCGAGAACUUUGCCACAGGUCUGGAGAAUCUAAGCAUUAAAGUCGAGGAACUCCUUAAAGGGCAAGAAAUACUUCAAGCUGAUGCUAAAAGUCGUGAGCAUCUUUUUGAUAAAAGGCUUAAUGAAUGUCUUCUGGAAGCGGAAGACGGCUUUAAUAAAACCAUGGAUAUCAUAAACAAUGCCGUUGAUUCUAUCCAAGAUAACUACAUGCUGAAGUCUGACAGCCUAUGCGAAGAAAAUGAAUUCAAACUCAACAAUGAUACCAAUGAAAAACUGGAGAAACUGUUUUAUAUCAUUCCAAUGAUCACACAGAUAAAUGAAACCCUACAAGGUUUAAUUGACGAAAAAAGCAAUAAACCUGGCUUAAAAUUAUAUGGAAAUCCAACUAAUGACAUUGAAAAUGGUUCACCAUCUUCUUUCUUCAAUCUCUCUCAAAAGGUUAAUCAGAUUACGUCCACUUUAGAAUUGAAUCAGCUGACUCUCACUAAAGUGGAAGAAAAGUUACAACAUUGGGAUUCAGAUUUUAAAAACUGCCAAUCACGACUAAUGAGUGUAGAAUCUCAAGUACAUACAAUCCUAGUUAAUCCAACCACUAAACCGAAGUUGAGAAAGGAAGAUGUUCCUGUUAAAGACAAGGGACUGCAAGAACUCUCUUCUAGAAUUAAAACGCUUGAGUUUAAAAUAAUAAGACUAUCAGCAAACUUCCCAUUGAUGAACAAAACAGUGUACGAGGCACAAAACUUGUGUCAGAAUGCAUUUAAAAAUAUUAAAGAGGUAAAUGAAAGUGUUCCUCAGCUAAUUAAAACAGCUCAACCAAACAUUACAAACCUUCAGAGAGGCUUCGAGGAAUUAAUAAAGUCUUUACUUGAUGUGAGAACUGAAAAUAUUUUAACAAACGUAACCUCAUAUGUAGAUAAAACCAUGAAGCAGAUAAAAGUAGUACCUGGGAAAAAGACAGUGCCACCAAAAAAGACAGCUGCAAAUGGCACUUCUUCCACUAUGGGCCGCAGCCAAAGAAACUCUGACAUCACCGAUCAAGCAGGUGAAUAUUCCAGUUGCAGUAGUUCUCCAUGCUACAAUGGUGGAACAUGUAUAAAUGACAGAAAAACAUAUGUGUGUGCUUGUCGUCAUCCAUUUGGGGGUCUCAACUGCAGUCUCAAGAUGUCAGAUGAAAAUGCUCAUCCUCCUGAUUUUUCAAAGGGAUCUUACCGGUUUGCCCCAAUCGUUGCUUUCUUUGUAACCCACACUUACGGCAUGACAGCUCCUGGGCCAAUCCGAUUUAAUAACUUACAUGUUAACUAUGGGUCUUCAUACGCACCUUCAACUGGAAAGUUUCAUGUUCCAUAUCUUGGUGUAUAUAUUUUUAAGUACACUAUUGAAUCGUUCAGCCCUCGGCUAUCCGGGUAUUUAGUGGUUGAUGGUAUUGACAAAAUUGCCUUUCAGUCUGAAAAUAUUAACAACAGCAUGUAUAGUGAUAGAAUGAUUACUGGAGAUGCUUUACUGGAGUUGAACUAUGGUCAAGAAGUGUGGCUGCGUUUGACAACUGGAUCCAUUCCGGCACAAUAUCCUCCUGUAACCACAUUUAGUGGUUACUUAUUGUACCGUACUUAAAAAUAUAUAUUAAUUAAUUAUAUAGCUUAAUUCCAGUAAUUUAUAAUGUAAACUUACUGCUAAAAAAACUAUACAAAAAUGCUUGGAUCUAUUGCCACUGUCUACAGGGUUUCCCUUUUGGCAAGUAACUUACUAGGGAGGCUCAUUUACUAAAGCUAGGAAAAUGUAUAUUUGUAUAUUUAGUUUUUUGAAGGGGUUGGAAUACAUUAUUUUAUAGUUUUUAUUAGCCUGGGAAAAAUGACCCAGCUAGAUCCCAUUAAAUCAAUCAUACCAUCUCCCAAGUUAGCUGCCUGAAUGCACCAAUACUAGCAGUUCUCUGCCCAAAAUGUUAAAUAAUGGACACAGUUAUAUUCUGUACUGGUAUAUGAAGAAAAGAGAGUAUAUAUAGUAUGUGCGUGCAAUAUUACAGUUGUCUUUGUCCUAUGUCUUUGGAAAUUGUAGUUUAACAACUUGAAAGCUAUCCCUUGUUGGUGUUUUUACGGUUCCUUCAACUCCUUCUGAUUAAUGUGGCUGCAAGCUACGUAUUCCAGUUAUUACAUGGCAAAUUUUAAUUGCACAUAGCUCAUUUUUAAGUUUUACUUAUAGGUAGUAUUGUAGUAUGUUUUCGCAAAAAUAAGGGCUUUUUAAGUAUGAAAUUUUAUUAUAUACACUGUACAUACUAGUGCACACAAUAUAAUUUGCUCAUCUUUAGUUGCUAAAGCUAUACCGAAUUUGUGAAAAAGAAACAUAUCUUGCAUAGAGGAAUCAUUUUUUGUCCAUAUUUUUUUCAGUUAACAGCUUUUUUUACAUUCACCCAAGUGUGUUCCAUUUAUGUAUCUAAAAAUAAGUAAUAUAUAUUUGAAAAAUAUGUAUUUUCAAUAAACUUCUCAUUUCUA